CCAUUCCUCCAUGCUAGAACUAAUGGUGACCAUGGCGCAGUACCCGGUGGAUUAUUGGCGUCCAUAUAGCCAGUACACGGUGUCAUUUGCGGCCCUCGGGUUUCUUUCUUUUCUUGCGACAGGGGUCGGGACGCUGUCAGAGUACUGGGUGAAAUACGAGUAUGGUAAUUACAAUAGGACAGACCUGGUUCAGUAUGAAGGUGUAUGGAGGAAGUGCUAUUACACAUCGUCGAUAGAACUGACAGAUUCACAGUGUGAAAUAAUAAAUUAUUUAGAGAAACCACGAGAAGGGCCUGGCUAUGCCUUUUAUACACGGCUUUACGAGAUAAUGCUAUCGGCCGUGAUCUUCAUGACUCUUGGAACCUUAACAGCGUUUCUUUCAGAAGUAAUUGCAAUAUUAACGAUCAAGUUUCAGAAAAAAUCUUUCAUCCAGUGCUCCGGAUACUUCUUUAUUCUCGCAGGAAUAUUUACGUUAACCGGAUGCGUGCUAUUCACAGUGAAAGUUUCAAUGGAAGAUAGAUGGUGGCCCGAGGAGACUCUAGGCCCUGUACCAGAGAAGUCGUUUAAUUUCCAUUGGGCAUUUUUCUGCGCAUGGGGAGGAGCAGUUUCGUCUUUCUUUAUUGGCGGUUUCUACUUCAAGUUAUCCCGACUCUACAUUGAGGGCAUAUUCUAAUUCAGGCCAGCAGCGACAGAGCAUAUUCGAUAUAUUAUAGACCAAAGUAUUGUCUUAUUGCAACUUUCAGAACGACUAUAUUGCGCAACAUAAUAUGGCAAUAAUUGUUAUAUCCUGUACCCCACCCCUCACCAAAAAUUAUAACUUGUUCCUACGUAUAGGUGUAUAAUAGACAACAGAUGUAUAAAUAGGUACUCGUCACUCUAGACAGAAGUGGAAAGGGGUGGUCACUCCCCCUUUCCCCCAGUUACAACAUAUCAAACAUUUUUUCUUCUGGGGCUUUGAAUCAGAUCAGAUUCUUAAUUUAAAGAUUUGUAUUAAGUAUUAGGCCAACCUUGUUAUUAUAAUUAUGAUUAUUAUCACAAUUAAUCACUAUCAUAAUCAUUAGCCUAACCUAAUUUUAUUACCAAUGAAAAUAUUAUAUUAUACUGUAUUUGUAUAUUAUUAAGCAAUUAUGCAUUUUAAAAAUGUAAGUCACUCUAUUUAUACACGUUUAGUACUGUAAAUAUUUGAAAUCUAUAGUUGAAUUCAUGCAUUGAAUUCAAUAAUACGGUUUUUUUUUAUUAGCAAAUAUGUAC